CGCGUGCAGCUUGACGCCUCUUGCGCGAUGUUUUUGAGAACAACUUUUAUCUACUUCCGGAAACCAAACGUCACUUUUCGACCAGUUUGUUGUCCGGCCGCUCCGUGAAUUCAGCGUCUCUUCCUGCGAGCAGCUGCCGACACAAUCACUUUUCUCGGGUGAAAACAAUCCGGUUUGUCCAGCUGGAGAUGAGGCUCCGGUGACCGGAGAGAGCCGAGCCGAACCGGGCCGCGUUAACCCGGUUCAUGUGAGCGGGGGUUUAAAAACAAUGAGGAGAUGAAGCUGCUCCUGUGGAUGUUACUGCUUCUACUGCGGAGUCCGGACGGGACCGGUGGGCACGGCGUCUCCUUCACGAAGCACCCGGCCAAUCAGACGGUGUCUCAGGGGAACGCGGCGAGGCUCGGCUGUGCAGUUCAGGGUCUGACGGAGCCGGACAUCGUCUGGAUGAAGGACGGAGAGAAACUCUACAGCACCGACCAGAUGUUCAUCACACUGGGAGAGCAGCACUGGGAGACCUACCACAGUGUGAAGUCGGUCCAGCAGCAGGAUGCGGGUCAGUACUGGUGUGAGGUGGAGUUCCACGACUUGAUUUUCUCCUCUGAACGAGCCUGGAUCACGGUGGAAGGUGUCCCUCACUUCGUCCAGGAGUGUCAGGACGUGUCCACAUUCCCCAACGUCCCCUUCAACCUCACCUGUGCUGCCGUUGGUCCCCCCGAGCCCGUGGAGGUGCUAUGGUGGCUGGGGGGGGUCCAGGAGGGGGAGCCCAGACCGUCCCCCUCCAUCCUCCACGUCCAAGGAGUGAACAACAGUGUGAAGUUUUACUGUGAAGCAAAGAACAACAGAGGAAUCUCCGUCUCUAGAACAGGAACAGUUCACAUUAAAGUGUUGCCGGCUGCGCCGGUCAGGUUGCAGGUGAUGAUGACGGACAACAAUGUCACUUUGUCAUGGAAACCAGGAUUUUCAGGAUACUCUGAGUUGUCCACCUGCAACGUCCAGUUGUCGAGGCGUUUGGUCCGAAGGUGGGACCUCCCUUACCAAAGGGUCCAGGUUCCUCCCCACCUGCAGGUUCUGCCUGGUCUGAGGAGCCACUCGAACUACAGCGCCAGAGUCUCCUGUGUGAAUGAGGUGGGGGCGUCGCCCUUCUGCCCCUGGCUGAACUUCCAGACACCUGAGUCAGUGCCCUCAGUGGCCCCCAGGAACCUGACAUUUGAGCUGUCGGAGCAUCAGCUGGCUCUGAACUGGGCCGGGCUGCAGGAGGAGGAGCUACAGGGGCGACUGCUAGCCUACAAGGUGCAGUGGACCCUGGGAGGAGAACCACAGGAGCCACUGCUGUUUAAGGAGAACUCGGCUCAGCUGUCAGGAGGAGGGCGGUUCUUUAACACCUCCUUCCAGGUGUCGGCCUGCACUUCGGUGGGCUGUGGACCCUGGAGCUCCCCGGUGCUGGUGCUGCCUGCCUCAGUCCAGGUCCAGGUUCAGGUCCAGCGGAGCCACAUGUGGGUUGGCCUGCUGCUGGGUCUGCUGGUGGCCAUCGUGGUCGGACUGCUGCUCACUGCCGUCGCUCAUCGCCGCGACAAAGAGACGCAGUUUGGGUUUGCCUUCAAGCCGCCGGGUGCCGAGAGCUCGGUCUCCUUCACGGCGGCUCGGUCCUUCAACAGGAACUGUGCUGAGCUGCAGGACUCCACAUUGGACAGUCUCGGUAUAAACGAGGACCUGAAGAACAAACUGCAGGACGUUCUGAUCCCAGAGAGGCUGAUUACACUGGGACACAUGCUGGGGAAAGGUGAGUUUGGCUCGGUGCGCGAGGCGUUCCUGAAGAAGGAGGACUCGACCGUCCUGAAGGUGGCGGUCAAAGUGCUGAAAUCUGACAUCACUUCGUCAGGUGACAUCGAGCAGUGUCUGAAGGAGGCGGCCUACAUGAAGGACUUCCACCAUCCAAACGUCAUCCAGCUCAUCGGAGUGAGUCUUCACCGGCGGCCCGUCCAGCGGCUGCCAAUCCCAAUGGUGGUUCUUCCGUUCAUGAAGCACGGAGAUCUGCACACGUUCCUUCUGCUGUCUCGACUCGGAGAACGUCCUUUUGACCUGACCCUGCAGUCUCUGCUGCGCUUCAUGCUGGACAUCUCUCGGGGGAUGGAGUACCUGAGCAGCCGGAGCAUCAUCCACCGAGACCUCGCCGCCCGAAACUGCAUGCUGAAUGAGAACAUGACGGUGUGUGUAGCAGACUUUGGUCUCUCCAAGAAGAUCUACAGUGGAGAUUAUUACCGACAGGGUUCUGUCUCCAAACUUCCUGUGAAGUGGAUCGCUUUGGAGAGUCUGGCUGACAACGUGUACACCACACAGAGCGACGUGUGGGCCUUUGGCGUGACCAUGUGGGAGGUCCUGACUCGAGGUCAGACUCCGUAUCCUGGUGUUGAGAAUUCAGAAGUCUACGAGUAUCUGAUCAAAGGAGAGCGACUGAAGAAACCCCCAGACUGCAGAGAGGACAUCUAUGAAGUCAUGCACAGCUGUUGGAGUCCAGUCCCCAAAUGUCGGCCAAGUUUCCAACAGCUGGUCGCCCAGCUGGAGGUGCUGUGUCUGGGCCCCGCCCCCCCACCCAAGGAGGCCCUGCUUUAUGUCAACCUGGAGGGGGAGGGGGGGAGCGCCCCCUGGCAGCAGCGGGCGGAGGACGAGGAGAAGGACUGGCUCAUGGUGGGGUCAGAGGUCGCCCUGGCCAUCGGGGGGGACUACAGGUACAUCGGGGGCCCCUGUGAAGCCCCCGAGGGCGGGGCCACGGACGCAGAGGACGACGUAGUCAUUAAUGUCUGACCAAUCACUGCGCUCCUCUACGGUCAGCUGAUCAGAGAGGGGCGCUCACUUCAAGGCACCGAGCAGCAGCAGGCGGGUGGAGACACAUGACCAGGACUUCUAAUGACACACCGGUACUGUGUACUGAAGCAUCCAGCCGGACCACACUGAGGAAGACCCCUGUGGCCUUCGUCCUCAGGUCAUGUGACAGCUGAACCCCAGAAGGGUUCUGGAAAGACCUCCUGGGUCCGGUGGGUCCAGGACUUUAAGGGAUUCAGGUCUUUCUGGACCAAUGUGAUCAAAGUGAAUGAAUCUUUCCUAACGGGUUCUUUUUGAUUGACAGCUGAUCAGUUAUCAGUUAUUAUAGUGUUAGCUGCUUUCCUCUCGUUCCUUUAAACCAUAAAGAUGUUAAAUGAUUUUUAAUGUGAAUAUUUUGAGUUUUCUAGUUUAAACAUUGGAGCAUCUUCAUCAUAAUAAUAAUGUUUGUGGAAUAUCA